GAAACGGAGACUACCGUCUUUCAACCUCUGUAAAAAGGCAGGUUUUUAAAAGCGGUGCCGAGCGGAGCGGAAACGUUUCUGGUCUAAACCGGUUGUGAAAGUUUAGCCGGAUAUUUUCAUUAUUCGCUUUCUCAACUGCCAAACGAUUUUUAUUAUCUUCAUGAAAGGCAGACGAUACAAUUCUCAUUAUGGAUAUUGAACAGUUAAUCCGAGAAGUCCAUGCAAGACCUGCACUUUGGAAUCAAAAAUCAACAAAUUAUUAUUACAGAGAAGUCGUUGCGCAAAAGUGGAAUGAAAUCGCUAAAGCCUGUGACAUGCCUUGUGAAGCUGUUCGAUGUAAAUGGAAACAUUUACGGGAUAAUUUUCGGAAAGAAUUCAAGAAGGAUAUGGAAGCACGAAACAGUGGUACAUCCGAAAAAUACACUCCCCAGUGGGUAUGGUACAAGAGUUUGUGGUUUCUCGGGGAUCAGCUGCUUACCAAGAAGAUUAACACAAAACGUUCUUUCUCUGGAGUGAAGCCACCAAAGGGUACCACUAAAAUAGAACAUUCAGUGGCUGACGAUUCCAAGGAUUCCAUUUACGACGCGACUGAUAGCGAUACCGAAACCUUAGCCCAUGCCGUGUCCGUGUACGAAUCUGAAGAAAGUCUCGCAGACGAUUCCGCGGAAUCAGUUAGCAAAAAUAUCAUAGAUGAUUCCACCACGGAAUCAAAUGAUAAAAAUCUCACGGAUAAUUCCAUAGAAUCAAGUGGCAAAAGAAAGUCCGAAGUUCCUCAUCACAGGGAGGCUAGUUCAAAGAAAAUGAAAUGUAGUGAUAAGUGUCCCGGAAACGACGACACUUACCAUUUUCUCAUGAGCCUUUUGACUCCUCUCAGAAUAUUGCCCUACGAUAGGUCAAUGAUAGCGAGAUUAAAAAUACAGAACAUAGUGACAGAAGAAGUGGCUAAAUUAAGUGGUGUCAGUGUUCCAUGUGCAAUAGACGGUGAACGAAACAGCGAUGAAAAUUCCACACCGAUGUCUCCCAAUGUUGUUAAUUUGUCCGAAUGUGAUUAUUAAGAAACGAUAUUAUAAAACUUAGUUGAAAUGUAAAACUACUAAAAUCAAAAAUAGUUUUAUUUUUCUCAGGAGUCGUGAAAUCAAAAAAGAAAAAAAAAAGAAAAUAUAAGCCCAUUUAAUUAUACAGGGUGUCCCAAAAUUAUUGGGACAAACUUUAAGGGGACAUGGUCAUAAACAUCUUUGUUUCGCCGGUAGGUUGUGUUCACAAAAGGCAUUGGAGGAAAUAGACCUGCACUGCUGCAGUAUUUGAGUUUGUCAUCAUGCAAAGUUUUACGCACAUCGAUCUGGCAGCUAUGCACAUAAUGGACGGAUUGCUGGAGGAAAAUGCGAGAGUAGCAGAAAGACUGUAUUGCGAAAGGUACUGAAAGAAAGAUGUACCUUACAUAAUCUGCAUAUCUUCCAGCUCCGAGUACGUAAAAUUUUGCAUACUCCCAUUCGGGCGACCCUCAAUCGCCUUCUAAUGAGAUGAACCGGGUUCGAAUCUCAGUGAUGGUUGGUUGAUACGAAUUCCGACCCAGUUUGCACCAACCACAGCGCUGACGUAAAAUAUCCUCUGAGGUAGACGAUCAUCGAUUAGAGUCUCCUUGCCGUCAGGCUUACCGUUGGAAAUUUUCGUGGUUUUCUUUUCCAUGUAAAGCAAAUGCGGGUUAGUUCCAUUAUAAAGUCCUCCACGAAGGCAAAAUUUCUCCCAAUACUUGAGCCAGGAGUUCCAUUUUCAUCUAGCUUUUGUUCUAAAUUACAAAACUGUGGAGUUGAACAUUGUAAUCGUAACCUAAAAUUGGUAAUCAUAAACCUAAAAUUGGAUCGGCUGUUCAACGACGGUUAUAAAAUAAAAUAAAAGCAGACGGGCAUGACUAACAAACUAAUUUGGCAUAACAAUAGUGCAAAUUUACUUAAGUUAAAUAAAGAUUGACUACAGAUAAAUUUAAAAAAUUACAUAGGGAAGACAAAAAGAAGAAAAAAGGAAAUAGAAUCCUUAAUUUAAUUCAGAUCAAUUAUUAUCAUAUUAAUAAUGAAGCUGAAAUGACUGCAGGUGUGUUUCUUUCAGUGCUCGUACCACAUACAACACCACCUAGCGGCAAACGAACACGUUUCCUACCACAUGUUGUUACGUAAAUCUGAAUCCUUGUGAUCCCACCUCAGUGGUUACUAAUGUUUUUCGGCAACGAAACUUCAUAUAAUCAGCCUUCUUUUGGCGGAACCUCGAUCUUCAUAUAAAUCAUGGAACCUCGACUGCAUAAAUUAGUUUAUAAAAGUAAAAGUUAUAACCAAAAGAAGACCAUUAUUUCUUAAAUAUUUAAUUAAAGGAAUGAGACUUUUUUUUUUUAUCGUUUUAUCAUCAGCAACCUUAAAUUUAGUUUUAUGUCCGACAGUUGCUGUUCUUGCGCUAUAUCUAGUCUAGUUAUGAAUUUGUUUUUGGUAUGUAGCUGAAUGUGAAUAAAAUAAGCCGCUAAUUAUAUUUUAUUUCGAAAUUAAAAUGCGUUAAAAAUGAUUAUUGGGAAAACAUCUUUCUUAAUUAAAGAAUUUCAUUUUGAUUUGAAAGAUACUAAUGCAAUCCUUUAUAAAUGCUCGUUCUUUUCAUAAUUUGUUCAAUACAUCGUUAAUAGAAAUAGUUUAUUUUCAAAAAUGACAUUUCUAUUUCAUUGAUAUUUUGCUUGAAGUAAUUUAAUAUAGACAACCGAAAGUUUAAUUAAAUUAUAUUUUGGAUUUAAAUAUAAUCAGAGGUUUCAAAAUUCAUCACUGAUGGUUAUAAAAAAAUACUAACCCACGGAAACCCCUUAAACUCAUCCAUGGGGUUCCGCGUGGAACACCAUUUAGGAACUGCUACUCUACAUCUCCUUAAAGUUCGCCCUAAUAAUCCUGGGAUACCAUAUAUAAGCUGAGAGUACACUUUUUCUUUCAAAAUUUGCAUGAAAUUUCAAAACUAAUUUAAGUAUCUAACAUGAAAUUUUUUUUAAAUAAGACAAGCAGUUUUUGGAAAGUAACUAGGUCAUUUUUGCAGCAGCCGACUUAGUUUAUUUGUUUACCUUUGUUCAGAAAUACAAACUUAUUGAAAGUUUUUCUUUCUAACUUUUGUUUCCUCUUCUCUUUUUCUCAAGCUUUUGAAAUUAUCAGUCCAGACGUCAGAAUUUGGGAAAAAACAGAAGUAAUUCCGGAGCCGAAGAUUAUUUGAAUUCUGAAACAAUCAUGUUAAACUUUUCGUUUGCUUUUAUAUUAGGAAAAACGAGUGUUAAAAGAAUAUCUUAUUUAAAAAAAACCUUUUCAAUUGUCAAUUUUAUGAGUAAUUUUUUUCGUGUUUAAUUUUUAAUUGUUAUUUUAUAUAGUUUUACGUUUUGUAUGUGCUGUCUCACAAAAUUUUGUGAUUUAUCCGGAAUUCCCGGUAAACGGAAAAGUAUAUUUGCUGGCAGGUGGUGGUUUGGAAAUUUUGGAGAAAAUAACAUUCGAUUGAAAGCAGCCAACUCUUCUACUUUAUUUUUCAAAAAAUUUUAAAACUUCUCGGCCUAUAUUCGGAAAUAUACAGUAGUAGUGAAAAAUAAGAGCUUAUUGGUAAUGUUGGAAUGUGUUAAACGUCAUUUAAGUGAAUUAGUGAAAAAAAUCAACAUUCGAAUGAUAGCCUUGGCGUUUUGUAAAAAGUGGAGAGUUCGAAUCCCUGACCGUAUCUUUUUCAUGCUCUUCAGUUUGACAAACCAUACUUUGUGCGUACAAGCCUGCAUAUGUAUGUAAAACAAUAAAUAAACAUUGGAAUUUAUUGAAAGAUAAGGGACUGAAAAUCAAGACUUUUUUAAGCCUUCUACAACAUUUUCCCAAUUUUUGAAUUUCAUUCAUUUUUAAAAUGUCCUAUAGUAUAUUCUUCCAUUAAAAUUUUUAUAUAUUUUUUAUUUUAUUUAUUCUUGUUUUACGUUAGCGAAGGUAUCUUUGAUGCCUGCAAUAUGGUGCUGUUAUGUACUCUGUAAAUAAAAUUAGUGCCUCAA